CUCAUCUCUCUCUCUCUCUCUCUCUCUCUGAUCUGCGGUCGUCGCGCAUUCGUGUGCUCGUGGGAAAGGAAAUGGCGAGUGCGAAAACGAGCAUCCUCUUUGCAAUCCUCUGCCUGGUCUUGGUACAUGAGCUGCUGAUUUUUGAUGGAGUACAAUUCCAAGCUGAAGCUCAAAAAAUUGAUUGCGAGAACAGGUGCAACUACAGAUGCAGCAAGUCGUCGAGGCACAAGAUGUGCAUAAAGGCGUGCAACACGUGCUGCCAGAGGUGCAACUGCGUGCCUCCCGGUACUUCUGGGAACGAGGACGUUUGCCCUUGCUACGCCAACAUGACCACCCACGGCGGCCGCCACAAAUGUCCCUAGAUCGCAUCGUACAUGUCGAAGUUCGACUCGGACAUUGGAUGUAAUAAUCUGUGCUGUGCUGCGUAUCCCGCUGUAUCUGUGUUCACGUCCGUCUAAAAUCUGAAUGUAGUUCGAUGCUUGCAUUU